ACAAAAACAUCAACUCAUCGAAGAAGAAGAACAAGAUUUGUUUUUCUUUUUUGUGUGUUCUCAAGAGAUUAGAGACAUUGUUACUUUCUUGAUCGGAAAUGGCAUCGAACGACGCUGGAAGGCCGUUGCCGAAAUUCGGGGAAUGGGAUGUGAAUGAUCCGGCGACGGCGGAUGGGUUCACGGUGAUAUUCAGCAAAGCCGGUGAAGAUAAAAAGACGGGAAGGAGUUCGACGAAGACGACUUCUCAGAGGAAACAAGACGGUGAUAAACCAACGGUCAAGAAAUGGCUCUGUUUUACUUUUGCUUGAUUUUUGUUUUUGUGUGUAAAUUUUAAUCCUAAGAGAAUUUAGCUUUGAGCCUUUUGACAAAUUUUUUACUAGAAAUUUUUUCA